CCUCCCCUUCUUUCAUACAACAAAGCAACUCUAGUUAAAUCUACCUUCACUUACUUAAGUAUUUUAUUUCAGAUAGAGAAUGACGAGGGUAACAGAGUGCCGGAGGUGCUUUUAGUUGUUUUCACGGCGUUCGCCUCCCUGUUGGUUGUGGUCCACAUCACUGCCCUCAUGAUAAGUACCUGCAUAUUGCCGCAGUUGGAAAAUUGUAAUAUUCUUCAUUUUAGCUACAUUGAAAUGGCCUGGAUAUUUAGUACAGCUCUUGGGAUGCUGCUUUUUUUGGUAGUGGUUGUUCUGGCAUGUUGGGUGAAAUUCUGGAACAUUUCCAAGUGGUCGGCUGGUGUCUGCUUCCUCAUCGUGGGUCCAGUGGUGGUGGUCUUCAUACUCUUCGCUAUCUUUUUUUAUCGCACUCUCAUCUCCUUUAAAUAUCAGCACGCCUCCAAGAUGGUCGACUCGCUUGAUCGCUGGAUGUCAGAGCUGGAGAGAGGCACCUACUCCCCGGUGCAGCCCCACAGCACCUCCUUACCGACCAGCCCUACCGUAAAACGAUCUCAAGAUGUCACCUUUGUACCAUCAGCCUGA